AUGGAUGGGAACUGGUUUCCGGCUCUGGAGUCAGACGAUGGUGUGGGGUGGUGUGAGGGGCUGUGGCAAAGGGUGGGGAUCUUCCCCUGUCUCACGCAGCUCUGGGAGGUCCUGCAGAGCCAGUGGAAGAAGGUGCAGCAUGGGAUGAGGUUGGGGAGAGCCCGGUUGGAGGAGCGGAGUGGUGAGUGGCCCCACCAGCCAGCACCCGGCCAACGGCCGGCACCCCAUGGCAGCCCUGAGCUCACUCCAUCCUCUCCAUCCACAGCUUCUCCACCAGGGGAUGGAGGAGGAGAGAACUCCAGGGACAGUGUGGAGGUGUCAAGCAGGGAGGGCCCAUCCCCGGGGGCCCCACAGGCCUCCCUGGACUCCGUGUCCUCCCCCGGCAGCCCCCCAGCCGUGGCCACAGGCAAGGGGGACCUGAUGCUGGAGCUCCUCCACGCUCUCCAGGCCCAACAGGAGGUGAUGAAGAAGUGCUGUGAGAUGCUGCAAGCAGAGCUGGCCCAGCAGCAAGGGACAACAGGGACCCGUGAUGGGACACCCCCCAGGGAGCCCUCCCAUCCCCUGGGCAGGAUGGAGACACGGGAGCAGCCGGGGGCCAGAAUGAAGCCCCCACACCUUGGAGCAGAGGACAUGGACAAGGCUGAAGAUGGGGACCUGGGGAGGAGCAGUGGUGUAGGGCCUGGCAGGAGCCCCAUGGAGCUGGAGAGCAGGGACAAGGAGAUGCUGGGCCGGCCCCGGGACCUGCCCGCGGCCAAAUGGGGCAGCCCAGGGUUUAUUAAAGCGCAUCAAGGCUGCCCAGUGUCACCCGUGUCCUGGGGACGGGGCUGCCCGUGGGUGUGA